AGCGCGCUCGUCUUGAGACCUCAACGCUAGGUGUUCUGUCCUGCGGUUCGGCCGCGGGGUGCCCCCGAAGAGCAGAGCUCAGUGAGUCCUGGGUGGGCAGGGGAACGGGUCGGAUUCAGCUUUCCUUGUCCUGGCUGAGCUGUAGGGACCGCACGGUGCCCGGGUCUCCCACCUCAGAGGAGCAUCUGGUCGGUGAGGGCCCCGGGGGUGCCCGCGCUGACCAUCGGCCCGCCGUCCCCACCACUGCUGGCCCCGUCGAGACCAUGGCCGACCACCUGAUGCUCGCCGAAGGCUACCGCCUGGUGCAGAUGCCACCGUCCGGUGCCCCGGCCCACGGCCCGCACCCUCUUCGGACUCUGCAACCGUACCCGGGCUCCGGCCCGGACAGCGGACUGCGGCCGCGGGGGGCUCCGCUGGGACCACCGCCGCCGCCUCCCCCGCCCGGGACGCUGGCGUACGGAGCCUUCGGGUCUCCGGCCUCCUUCCAGCCCUUUCCGGCCGUGCAACCCCCGGCGCACCUGCAGCCGGGGACGGGGACGUUGUACCACCCGGGCCGUGCCACCGCGCCGCCGCCCGGCGUCCCCGGAGCUCCCCCGGGUCUGCUGCAGCCCCCGGCCGGAGCCCCCACACCACCCGCGCCCGCCCUCGCCCUGGGUGGCAUGGACGCCGAACUGAUCGACGAGGAGGCGCUGUCGUCGCUGGAGCUGGAGCUCGGGCUGCACCGCGUGCGAGAGCUGCCCGAGCUGUUCCUGGGCCAGAGCGAGUUCGACUGCUUCUCGGACUUGGGGUCCGCGGCGCCGCCUGCCGGCUCGGUGAGCUGCUGAGCGCCCGGAGCCGCGGUUCCCGGGACUCGGCACCCCGCGGUCCCGGCCGCACGCACGCUCGCACUCGCAGCCUCCGUGAGCGCCGCCGAGCUGGGCUCUGGGCUGGGACACCUUGGCGUGCGUCCAAGGCCCUGCUGCUCUUUGCCGGGUGACAGUUUGGCCUCACUUCCUUCUCUGGCCCGAGCCUCAGCGGUCAAGUUGAAGGGAACACCAGCCUUUGGAUUUGAACCCACCUUCUUGGAUUCGAUCUAUGCCCUGUCUCUUUCCUCGCCCUCCCACCCACCACUACCCCCAAUCUGAGCCAUUGCAGGUCUAUAUGCCUGACCUCCCCUCUUCCUCGUGCAGCCGCUACCGGGGGAUUGGGUUCUCCAGAAUCUUCUUUCUGGACCAGCCCCCCUCGCUGAGCCUCUCUGAGAGGGAGGAUGGAACAGCGAAACCCCUGCAGAGUGGAACGGUGCCUCCAAAACCAAAUAAAAUUAGAUAACUUUUCA